AUAUCUAUAAUUCAUUCCCCCAGUUCCUAAUAAUUAAAUAAUAAAACUAUCUAUAUAAAUUAUGUGUGAGGCCACUUAGGGAUCUUCAUUCUAUCUUGCUUUCCUAUAGUUCGCUAAAUUACUUUCACUUACCAUUUAGUUGGAGUUUUUUUUUAAUUUCCACUAUGGAAUUUCCUUAUCUAUCCAUCUUUAUAUCACUCAAUCUUGCACUUGUAGCAACCCAUGCUGCCAUACCCCCUGAAUUGUACUGGAAGUCCAAACUUCCCACAACUCAAAUGCCAAAAUCCAUCACAGAUCUCCUUCACUAUGAUUGGACAGAAGACAAAAGCACCUCAGUUAAUGUAGGAAAAGGUGGUGUCAAUGUUGAUGCAGGAAAAACAAAACCAGCAGGCACCUCGGUUAAUGUAGGAAAGGGUGGAGUUCAUGUUGAUGCUGGAAAAAGAAAGCCAGGAGGCACAGCAGUUAAUGUAGGAAAAGGCGGUGUUCAUGUAAAUGCAGGUAAAGGUAGAAAACCUGGUGGAACAACAGUGAAUGUUGGAAAAGGUGGUGUAAAUGUACACACAAAAGGAAAAGGAAAACCAGUACAUGUUGCAGUUGGAAAUUCACCCUUUAAUUAUAAUUAUGCUGCAAGUGAAACACAAUUACAUGAUAAUCCAAAUGCAGCCUUGUUUUUCUUGGAAAAGGAUUUGCAUCAAGGAACAAAAUUGAACAUGCAAUUCACAAAAACAUCAGACAAUGAAGCAAAAAUUUUGCCUAGAGAAGUUGCUAAUUCCAUACCUUUUUCGUCAAACAAAAUUGAAACCAUCCUUAACCACUUUUCCAUCAAAGAAGGAUCAGAGGAAUCUGAAAUUGUGAAGACCACAAUCAAUGAAUGCGAAGAAACCGGUAUUAAAGGAGAGGAAAAGCUUUGUGUAACAUCAUUGGAAUCAAUGGUUGAUUUCACUACUUCUAAACUUGGUAACAAUGUUGAAGCUGUUUCAACAGAAGUGAACAAAGAAAGUGAUUUACAACAAUAUAGAAUAACACAAGGAGUUAAGAAAUUGGGAGAGAAGAACAAAGCUGUUGUGUGCCACAAAGAGAAUUACCCUUAUGCAGUUUUUUACUGUCAUAAAACAGAUUCAACUAAGGUUUACUCUGUGCCUUUGGAAGGUGUUGAUGGAAGCAGAGUUAAAGCUGUUGCUGUGUGUCACACUGAUACAUCACAAUGGAAUCCUAAACAUUUGGCUUUUCAAGUACUCAAAGUUCAACCUGGUACUGUUCCUGUUUGCCAUUUCAUCCCACAGGAUCAUGUUGUUUGGGUUUCCAAGUAAAAACAACAAUUUCAUCCAUAGUGGUAUCCUUGAAUAAUAGCUACUAUAUAGUAGCUACUUCAAACCUUUAAAUUAUAAUACUUGCGUUAUAAGUUAAGUUAUUUAGUGUAUCCUAACUAAUAUAAACAAUGUUUAAUUAUGUUAUAUGGUUAUAAGUUUGUGAUGUCCAUGAUGUAUUAUUAUAUGGACAACAUGUUUUAUGGUUUGUACGACUUGAUGUAACGGGUAGGAGUUUCUCUUGAAUUUUUUUUAAUAAAAUUUUCUUAUAGAAAAAA